CUGGGAGCAGACAUGGCGGACGGUCCGGUGGCGGAGCAGCUGCUCCGGCGGCUGGAGGCGGCCGAGGGCGGCCUGGACAGCGCGGAGCUGGCGUCCCAGCUGGGCGUGGAGCACCAGGCGGUGGUGGGCGCCGUGAAGAGCCUGCAGGCCCUAGGCGAGGUGAUCGAGGCUGAGCUUCGCUCCACCAAGCGCUGGGAGCUGACCGCGGAGGGCGAAGAGAUGGCCCGGGAGGGCAGCCACGAGGCCCGUGUGUUCCAGAGUGUCCCCGCGGAGGGCUUGGCGCAGAGCGAGCUCAUGCGGCUGCCCAGCGGGAAGGUGGGCUUCAGCAAGGCCAUGUCCAACAAGUGGAUCCGCGUGGACAAGAGCGCGGCCGAGGGGCCCCGUGUGUUCCGCAUGGUGGAGAGCAUAGACGAUGAGGUGCAGCGGCGGCUCCAGUUGGUCCAGGGGGGACAGGCCGAGAAACUGGCUGAAAAAGAAAGAAAUGAACUGCGGAAGAGGAAGCUGCUGACUGAAGUGACCCUGAAGACCUACUGGGUAAGCAAAGGCAAGGCCUUCAGCACCAGCAUCUCCAAGCAGGAGGCAGAGCUGAGCCCAGACAUGAUCUCCAGUGGCUCCUGGCAGAACAGGUCCUUCAAGCCCUACAACUUCGCAGCCCGCGGAGUGCCCCCCGACAGCGGCCACCUGCACCCCUUACUCAAGGUCCGCUCCCAGUUCCGGCAGAUCUUCCUAGAGAUGGGGUUCACCGAGAUGCCAACGGACAACUUCAUCGAGAGCUCUUUCUGGAACUUUGAUGCCCUCUUCCAGCCCCAGCAACACCCCGCGAGGGACCAGCACGACACCUUCUUCCUGCGAGAUCCAGCCGAGGCCCUGCAGCUGCCCAUGGACUACGUACAGCGUGUGAAGCGGACCCACUCGCAGGGUGGCUACGGCUCCCAGGGUUACAAAUACAGCUGGAAGCUGGAUGAGGCUAAGAAGAACCUCCUGCGCACCCACACCACCUCGGCCAGCGCCCGGGCCCUUUACCGCCUGGCCCAGAAGAAGCCCUUCACACCAGCCAAGUACUUCUCCAUCGACCGCGUGUUCCGCAACGAGACCCUGGACGCCACGCACCUGGCUGAGUUCCACCAGAUCGAGGGCGUGGUGGCUGACCACGGGCUCAACCUGGGCCACCUCAUGGGCGUCCUGCGGGAGUUCUUCACUAAGCUGGGAAUCACGCAGCUCCGCUUCAAGCCGGCCUACAACCCCUACACAGAGCCCAGCAUGGAGGUGUUCAGCUACCAUCAAGGCCUGAAGAAGUGGGUGGAAGUUGGGAACUCAGGCCUCUUUCGCCCCGAGAUGCUGCUGCCUAUGGGGCUCCCUGAGAAUGUGUCGGUCAUUGCCUGGGGGCUCUCGCUGGAGCGCCCCACCAUGAUCAAGUACGGCAUCAACAACAUCCGGGAGCUGGUGGGCCACAAGGUGAACCUGCAGAUGGUGUACGACAGUCCCCUGUGCCGCCUGGACGUGGACACACCCACGCAUACACAGGAGGCUGCGUGAUCCGAGGCCCUGCCGCCCUCACCAGUGACCCCACUGUACUGAUGAGGCCUCUGUGAGGCCAGCCCUUCUCUCUCCCCCGACUCAUCCCGGACACGUGCCCACGAGAGGCUCUUCCUGUCACCCGGCUGUCCGGCCGUGAAGCUGGGCGGGUGGCUCUGCUGUGCAAUAAAGCGGGCCGCAGCCCCCAUGUGGAGACGC